ACAGACCCAGCGACUGAGGACUUUUCUGUGAUUCUUUUCAUCCGUUGAGUUAAACUACUAUGGCCCUGUUUUCGGAGACACUGUUGUUCGCCGUUGCUGUCGUCGAUACUGGAGCUGUGUUGUUCGUUCUUGUCUACUUCGUGAUUGCACUCUCCGAUCUAGAAUGUGAUUAUUUAAAUGCACAGCAAUGCUGCUUGCGAUUGAAUAAGUGGGUUGUACCAAAGCUCGUUGCACACACACUUCUCAACGUGAUACUGCUGAUCCACGGCCAGUGGCUAUUGGCCGUGGUGAAUCUCCCGAUGAGCCUGUGGCUCACUGGCGAGUACUUGACAGUACCCCAGGGCAACAUGGGCGUCUUCGAUCCCACUGAAAUACACAACAGGGGACAAUUGAAGAAACACACCAGAGACUGUUUGAUUUACCUCGGAUAUUAUCUCAUCUUUUUCUUCAUUUACCUCUACUGUCAGAUUAUUGCAUUACUCAGGGGCGAUCCCCUCAACAGAAAAGAGGACGAUGUCAUCAUCUAACCCAGUUUUUCCGCCGAUUUUCUUCUUUCGUUUGCAGCUUUAUUUUAUGGAUGGAAAACAUGAAAGUAACUGAGAGUGUUGACAUCAAAUUACGAGGAUGUAUGAGAAAUUAUGACUUCCUAGUCCAUCACAUCUGAAUGCACCCAAAAAGAAACGAAAUACAGAAAAAAUUCUUUACUCUAGAA